CAGGCUCGGUGUGCCCUGGUCCUGGUCCUGCGCGCGCGGUGGGGACCGGCUCCGCUCCAGCACGCGGGUCUCCUGUCUCUCUCACCCGUCACAAGAUUCCCACGGUCCUGAACAACUGGUAAACACGAGUGGCUGUGGAAGCCCCUAACUAACCAUGAUGGGGACUGGCUCCAAGAAAAACCCAGAGCCCGUGGUGGCUCCGGAGCCUGUCAGCACUGCGAUGUCUGUGGGCUCCAUGGAGAAUGUGACCAACACCACGAGCCUGAGUGACAGCAAGGAGGACAUAUUUGCCAAGCUGAAGGCCAAGUUCAUGAAUGAGCUGAACAAGAUUCCCUUGCCUCCCUGGGCCCUGAUUGCCAUCGCUGUGGUAGGCGGCCUGCUCCUCCUCACCUGCUGCUUCUGCAUCUGCAAAAAAUGCUGCUGCAAGAAGAAGAAGAACAAGAAGGAGAAGGGCAAAGGGAUGAAGAACGCCAUGAACAUGAAAGACAUGAAAUCGGGAAACCAGAACAAACAGGAUGACGACGACGCGGAGAUGGGCCUGACGGAGGGAGAAGGUGAGGAGGAGGAGAAGGAGCCAGAGAACCUGGGCAAGCUGCAGUUCUCGCUGGACUAUGAUUUCCAGGCUAACCAGCUGACGGUGGGCAUUCUCCAAGCGGCCGAGCUCCCGGCGCUGGAUAUGGGCGGCACCUCGGACCCGUACGUCAAAGUCUUCCUGCUCCCGGACAAGAAGAAGAAAUACGAGACCAAAGUGCAGAAGAAGACCCUCAACCCAGCCUUCAAUGAGACCUUCGUCUUCAAGGUUCCCUACCAAGAGCUGGGCGGGAAAACCUUGGUGAUGGCCAUCUACGACUUUGAUCGCUUCUCCAAGCACGACAUCAUUGGGGAGGUCAAGGUGCCGAUGAACACAGUGGACCUGGGCCAGCCCAUUGAGGAGUGGAGAGACCUGCAGGGCGGCGAGAAGGAGGAGCCAGAAAAGCUGGGAGAUAUCUGCAUCUCGCUACGGUACGUGCCCACCGCCGGGAAACUCACCGUCUGCAUCCUGGAAGCCAAGAACCUGAAAAAGAUGGAUGUCGGGGGUCUCUCAGAUCCGUAUGUGAAGAUCCACCUGAUGCAGAAUGGCAAGAGGCUGAAGAAGAAGAAGACCACUGUGAAGAAGAAGACCCUGAACCCUUACUUCAAUGAGUCCUUCAGCUUCGAGAUCCCCUUUGAGCAGAUACAGAAAGUGCAGGUGGUGAUCACCGUCCUGGAUUACGACAAGCUGGGGAAGAAUGAAGCCAUCGGCAAAGUAUUUGUUGGCUCCAACGCCAGUGGCACGGAGCUGCGGCAUUGGUCCGACAUGCUGGCUAACCCCAGGCGGCCCAUCGCCCAGUGGCACUCCCUGAAGCCGGAAGAAGAGGUGGACGCAUCGCUCGGGAAGAACAAAUAGGAAGCUCCAUAGCCCAGCAUAACCUACGGACAUUCUAAGCGACCCAGAGCUAUCGAUACCUCAGUUAUGUAACCUUUGGUUUUUGCUUCCAUUUUGUUUUAAGCUGCACUACCCUUUGGUGACUGUGGAAGGGUUUCCAGACAGUCCUGAGUGCUGUCACGGGAAAUGGUUAAAGACAGGGAUGGUUCUUUUCAUUCUGCAAAGUCGCUUCCUUCCGCUGCAUGUCUCAUCGUUUCUACGUGCUGUUCUUUGAAGCGUAAAGCCAGCUUCUGCCGUAGGUCCCAGAGGCGCCAGGCCGUGGCAGGACAUAGUCUUCCUUUCUCUUCGGUUUUACACUGGGACCUUCAAACAUUGUGCUAAGGUGACAGCUGAGCCUGAAAAUGUGAGUUGACCAGAUACACUGUGCUUGCUUUGGGGAUACGUACAGCUGGACUAGGCGGGUCGGUGGAGAAGAGCUGUGAUGAACAUCUGGGUGUCUUCGUACGACUGCUUUGACUCCCAUCAGCCGCCCAGAGAAGCGAGAGGGCAGCCGCGUUGGGACUGGAACGUCCAAGGCUCCAUCAAACAUCUUAAGGUUUAGUUUCUUCUGGUGCGACAGGUGCAUUGCUGGGCAUAUAGACCCUGGGCUAUUGCCACCCUGUGGCAGCUAGGUAGGGUAUUGAACCUUGCAGCUCCCCAUGUGAUUGCCAGAGAAGGGGAGCGGUUACACCGCGGGUGCAUGUCUUUGAUAACUGAACAUUCACAAUUCCAAUCUCAGUGCAGGACAGAGCACAAGAGAGUCUUGGUUUUGAAAAACAGCAUCAUGGGAUAUUUAUGCAAAUGACCAUUGCGAGGCAGGCUUACAGUAGCAGCUGGACUUGAGACGGGCCCACCCAAUCAAGAAGAAUCUAGGUUGAUUUACCAAAAUGGCUGCUUAAAGCCAUCCGUGUAGGCUAAACGACGUCUUAAAUGCAAGCAACUCUGGGAGGAGUUGCAUACAUGUCCCAUCACGCAUUGCACUACUGUACAUCUUCUGAAGAUGCGUGUCCAGAGCCAGAUACGUCCCGGGGAGGGUUUAAGGUACAAGGUCUUCAGAACUUAAGGCGAGAGGGUGGAGCUGGGGUGUUAGUGAGGCAGGUGCAAAUCCCCCCCAGUGUUUCUACCCGUAUGGCUGCAUGUGACCUAUGCAGUGAGCUGCUCAAAUGUGGCGCUGUGAUGAGAGAGCUUGCUCCAGCCUGCCGCUUGAAGCUGUUCCACGUUAAUUAACUGUUACUGGGGCCAAGCAAAGUCAGAAGCUGCCUCUAGCUCAGGGGUCUGGGCCAGCCCCUGAGAUGUUGGACAUGCUCAGGGCUGGCUCCAGGCACCAGCUGAGCAAGCAGGUGCUUGGGGCGGCACGUCGGGCUCUUAGGCGGCAAUUCGGCAGAGGGUCCCUCGGUCCCUCUCGGAGGGAAGGACCUGCCGCCGAAGAAGAAAGCGGCGCGGUGGAGCUGCCGCGGAUCGCGAUCACGGUUUAUUUGUUUUUUCCGCCGCUUGGGGCAGCAAAAACCCUGGAGCCAGACCUGGACAUGCUGGGUCAGUUCCUGCCUCUGCUUGCUGAGAGGAAGAGUCGGUUAAGUGCUCUUAUCCUUGUCCUUGCCUGUUGACGCUAGGCCACUUCCAUUCAGUAUUAGGUGGGCCCACCCAAGGGUUAGGAGCGCGCUGUAGUCCAGUGGUUAGGGUACUUGCCUGUGUUGUGGGGGAGCCUAGUGCCAGUCUCCCCUCGGCCCCCUAAGGAGGGGUUUGGACAGGGAUUUCCUCUCUCCCAGGUGACUGGGUGUGUGUGUGUGUGUCUUUGUUUAAAUCCCGUCUCCUUUGCAGGAGCCAUUGUCUUCCUGGGAAAGGUAGGGGGUUUAAACAAGUCCUUGGGAUGUGGGCCAAUUAAUAUUUAAUUAAAAGUAAAACCAGACCUCCUCCCUCUGAGUCAGGAUGCAGCCUCAAACCAGGCUUGCCUAUAUCCCAGCUGCAGAGCAUAACCAGAGGGCUACAGGGGAACUCACAGCAGAAAGGUCUUAAUCUCCCCUGGUGAAGUUGUUACACUUUAUAGUUAUAGGUAUUGGGCUCCACAGAGAAACAAGGGAGCUGUGAGGAAGUCCCUCGCUAGGCCCGUGGUUAGAUGAUUUACCAGGCAUGGGCAGGAUGGGAGUUUGCUAGGGUGCCCGCUGAGUGCUGUGGAGGCAGCGAGCAUCUCAAACCAGGUGGGUCGCUUCAGAGAAUAGCGUCUGUGCCCGAAACACAGUUGUCUCAUAGAAAUGUUGUGGCUAUAAACUCUGCCAGUGGGGCACUCCACCAGUAGCUAACACAGCCAGAGCCCCACCUUUCUGGCCCUGCCAAGGGAGUAGGGCACUGGGACCAGGCUCUCCCACACCCCAGCUUGGGCCUUAACCCCCGGGCCAGAGAGAAUUGCCUAGCUGGGCACUGUCAAUCUCCCCCGUUGACACUGGGCCAGAGACCCAGCACAAGCAGUUGACUUUCUAGCCCGGUAGUAGUGGCCCUCAGCUGGGCUGUAUGAGUGUCAGGUUUAAGUCCCUACCUCGAUAUGUGUGUAUGAAAUUGUCUAGACUGCCUGAGCCUGGGCAGCACUCUUAUAUGGGGGCAUGUGCCUGCAGUGCUUUGCUUCCUGGCACAAACGAGACCUUGCCCCAGUCUUUUCACACCAGGCAGCACCACCCCUCCAACACAGCCCAGAGGCUGGGACGCUCCAGCAAAAGCUGCCAUCAACUAACUCUGAGUCAGCCUCAAACUUGGCUCUCCCACUCUCCAUGGCCCGAGCCUAACCCUGGGGGAAGCCAGGCCUUGAGGUUCUGGCGCUCACGCUCUGCCCUGUUGAAGCGGUCCCAUGUCAUAGUGUUAACUAGGCAUUGGGCUGAGAGGAAAAAGGGCAUUUGAGCCUGUCUCAGGGCCCCGAGUUGCUAUAAAGUCUGGGGCAGUGGGGAGUUGUGGGCUAACAGGAAGCCUGGUAAACGCUAGCCAGGAGCACACCCAGGGUGAGAGCCAGCUGAAACACUGAGUGUCUGGCUUCGCCAUGAAACCCCUUGAGAUAAUCUCAGUCAUUGGUGCCCGUGGGAUGGGUGAGUAGCUGGCCCGGGAGGUCAGAGGGGAAGGGAAGUGCUCUCUCACCCCCUUCCAGCAUCAUACACAGCUAAGAGAGGAAGUACGUUGGCUAAGAGAGAGACUGAAUCCAUUCCAAACAAGGACCAAAGGUGCCCCAAAGGCCAAGGUAUCUGCUGCUUACCACAAGGCCGUCUGGCUGAUGAAUCCAGUCCAGUUCCUUUGCCUUUCCAGAUAUAGGCCAUAUUCCCCCUCUCUCCCAAAGAGCAGUGAAUGUCUUGAGCCCCCAACCUCCUCCUUUUCAUGGGCCAGGACUGGAUCUGAUACGGAAACAGACUCACGUCAUGCCCCCACUACAGCGGUUCCUGAGGUAACAAAGAGGACCCACCAUCCCGUCCCAAUUCGGUCCACUCUGUACUGGAGUAGACCAAGCAAGCCAGUUUCCCAUUUACCGGCUCUAAGAGGCCUUCAAUGUUAGUGGCUUUGCUUUGGUUGAACCAGCGCAUUGGCUAGUAGCAUCUGAUGUGCAUCCACUCAGUAGCUUCCUUUUCUUCUGAGAGUCCAGUCCUGUUUUAUUCUGGACCUUUUGCAUAAUAGCCCUUAAAGGACCUCGCUGCAGCCCCGUGACAGCCAGCUCUGGAGUAUCCUUGCAAAUCUCCCUGAUUACCAACUACGUUUUCCUGGCAACGUGACUUGGCCUAUGGAAGUGUCUUCCCACACCACUAGCAAACUUACCAGAGGGACUGCUCCUGCUUUGGCCUCUACCCAGGCUUUCCAGCCCCACAGCUUGUGGUUUAGAGAAGCAGACCGCAGCACCACGCAGCUGCUGAAAUGAGAUUUUUGUGAGUAGGAAGAGUGUGAGGAGAGCAGAAGUCAUAAGCUUUGGUGGGGCCAGUGGCACAGAGUCCGGGACACCGCACAGGAGGUGGAAUUCACCAGUGCCCAGAGAGUCUAGGUUGUGCAGUUGUCAGUUUCACACCCCUUACCCCCUAGUACAAUUGGGGAAUGUUUCACUCCCAACCCCCUCUCCACCCUAUCCUUUCCCUCCGACAGUUAUUGAUCCUUUAGUUGUACACUCCACACACACACCCAACCCCUUACCUUUUAAGUCCUGCUGGAGCUUAAAUAUUUAAUCAGCAGGAGAGCUCUGUGCACGCAUGAGCCUGGCAGUGGGGCAGUCCUACUACCUGUAACUAGGGAAGAGUAAGUUUGGUCCCAGUUCUAAGAGCCAGGAGGCUGCUGAGGGUGCUUGGGGACCGUUGUAGGAGGGAGCCCUCCGUACAGGAGCUUUAAACACAAGCCAGCCUCAUUGCUGAUCGUACAUCCUUGCUGCACAACGGCGAAGGCUAGGAGGUCUAAGGAGCAGAGGCAGCGAUUCCCCACAGCAGAGUGUCUAAGCGCUGCACCCGGCUGCCUCAGAGCUCCUGCUACCUUUGCGGGACGGGAAAGAGCAAAGCAGCCCUCAGUGGGUUACAAGCAUGAUCUAAGGAGUGUUCCCUUUUCUGAGAGGGGGGGCGUCUGCCUGCGCUAGACACAGAUCUACCACCUCCUCCAGUCCAUAAGCAAAGCUGGUCCAAGACAGUGAAAGGUUAAUGGGAGUUUUCUGAACAAACACACCAGAGCUCUGUGAUUGUGACACAAGCAGACGAAUAAACCCAACGGGCUCUGCUUUCACACCAGGCCUUGGCCUGUUGCCCCAUCCUACUUACUUCUAUUGUUGGGGUCCUUAAAUCAGCCUCUAAUGCCGUGGCCCACCACCGCCUGACCUAGUGUUCAGUUUAUUAUUACAGAGAAUACUAAGGGUGUUAAAAAACAAUCAUAUAUGGGACUGGGGGGAGCAGGAAAGAAUAACUGGGUGAGCAGAAUGCGCAUUCAACAUACCCGGCUUAGGAUUGGUGUAGGGCACAACUGGUGAGUGGGGCACCGGGGGGGGGGGGGCGGAGGGGGGACACUACCAACCCUCUCCCCCUCCCAUUUUGCUCCUUGUUCCACUGGCCUCUAUCAGGCGUCAACUCCUCUGCAAUGGACAAUGCACCCCACCCUCCCCCCGAAUCGAGUCCUGCACUAUUGAAUUUGGCACAUUUUUAACUUGGACUGUUUAAAAAGUGGGGGGGGGGGGGAGGAGACGGUGGGAACUGUGACUUAAUUUUUUUUUUUAAAAGGGAAAAAGCUCCCCCACCCCAACAUACUCAAGCCAUCUGAGCCUCAUCCAAACUCCCUUCUUGUAUAUGUAGUUACAUAUCUAUAUAGCUAGCUACAAACAGCCAACCUUGGUGACAAUGCAUGCCAGAUAACCACUCUGUAAAUAGCAGCAUGCUUAGCGCAGACUCCAUACACUUUGUUACACCUCAGCCAUUGGGCAGGACACACCCAGGCUGCAGAGUCAUUUUUAAAAUGUGGCGUGAGUGGAUUUAUUUUACCCAAGAGGACAGAGCAAGACCUAUUAAAAAAACCACCUUUAUUGCCCAAGUCAGUAGGCUCAACAAUAGCCAUUUAUUUUCAAUUAAAAAAAAAAAAAACAAUUAAAAAUGAUAAGGAACAAAGCAUGCCUGAUCCAUUCACAAAUAGUUGCGGGGUAAAUAACAAGCCAGUACGGGGGAUAAUUUCAUGUGUGUCUUGUAAUCUAUACGUGUAAAACUGUAUCUUGUUGAAUUUAUGCCAUGUCCAGGUAGCGGCAACAUUGUGGCUUUGGCGUCCUGUCCCGUGCUGAUGCAUUUUACUGUCAAAGCAAACUUAGAAGCCAUAUUAGACCACGGCCUGCCAGGAUCCUCAAGUGGGAUGGGCCGACAGGUGAUACUCUGUGUCCUCCUGGCCCCUCUUGGUAACGUCUCUCCCUGUGUUUUGUUAAGGAUCUCCCAAACCCUCGUCCUGGGGGUGGGCUGGCUCAGGACGCUAGCCUUUGCCAUGGCCUGGAGGUUAGUCCUCACCAUGGCUUUCAGCUACGUCCAAGCUGGAGCCCCGUACAGGUGGGUUUGGACUGGCACAGUUUGAAGCGCUGGGAUCCCUUUGUUACAUGCUAGGGGCAAAUGCUGGAGCUCCUUUGGCAGAGAAGCAUGGCCUGAGCUCCUCGGUGCUAGCCCUCCCCAGUCUGAUGCAGCCCGAGGUCCUGUCCAUUGUGCCAUGAGCUUCUUCAGGGGACAGAGAGAGACCCAAGAGAAUCUGAUGCAUUACUGGCCGCCUGUGACUGAGAUCGGGCCUGCUAUUGCUCCUGACCCUGGCUCUCCAACCAGGGGCACUGGGGCGACUGAGCAGAGUUUGGACUCUGUCUGAGCAGGGCGACCCCCCCUCUGGAUCAAGGGCAGCCCCUGGACAGCAGGGCCGGAUGGGACAGUUCUUGCCAUUGGUGGGGCCGAGUUGUAACAUUUAAACCAGCUCUCGAGUCCCGUCCCCACCCGGGAGACAGGAGUGGGUUGCAACCACACAGCUGUUGCUGGCUGUGCUGGGGGCCUGGGACCCAUCAGCCGCACUCAGAGCAGGGAACAUUGUUUGCCAUUGGGACAGAUGAUCCGGGAUCCUGGUGCAUUAAGAGGCUUCAAUGCAGACUGGACGUUCCCCUAAGAGGGAUGCUCUGUCUCGUGCUGUGCAGGAGCUCAGAGAAGAGCAGAAUGGCCCCUGUACCCCUCACCCCCAUGGAUGUGUGUGCCCACUGCAGCCCCCCAGGACUGGGGUGCAGCAAAUCCAACCUCGCCCCUCUGAAGCAGCUCAUGGGAGAUGUGGCCAAAGCUGCAGCAAUGGGGGAAGGGAGCUGGGCAGGCGAGAGGGGGAGUGAGAGCUGCUGCCCCAGCACAGAUCAACCAGAGCGCACGAGGCUGCAGCAGGCAAAGGACUGACCCGGUCCUCAGCCCCGGAGCGAGCCCAGCAGGGGACGCAGGGCUGGCCGCCCUGCCCUGCACGCUGCGGCCGGCCUGGGUCUUGGGAUCAAGCAGCAGGGGAGGGAGCUGUAGGCAAGAGGAAGCCAGCUCACCCGGGGGAGGGAGUGGGGGCCAUGUCAGGCCUUCACGCCCUGCAUGCGCGGCUGCAAGAAGCUGGGAAAUUCCUGCUGGCAACAGGGGGUACGUCCCCUUUCAGUGUCCGCCCCCCCAGCACAGGCCCAUGGGUAACAGCCACCAGGCUCUGCUCUGCUGCCUUGGGGAAGGAAAGGGAUCUCAGCCUUCAAAUCUGGACAUUCAAGCACCAGGCUGGGCCAGGGUGGGGUCCUGCCUUCCUGCCCCCUCCUUCCACUCCCCUCCUCCUGAGGGGUCUGUAUACAAAUCUCCCUCCCCCCCAAGUCUUGAGAUCAUCCCGCUCUCAACCCCUUCCUGGCCUCUCCCCCAGUGCACCCGUCUCUGCAGCACUGAAUUCCGGCAGGAAACUGCUUUUAACACCCCCCCGCCCCCCCUUGUGUGGACUCUGUUGUUUCUGUGUCUAUUGUCAAACUGUUAUUUUGUAACAAUGUCCGUCUCCUUAUUAAAGAAAUGAGCUG